GUCAUCAUUCCGCAUUCAGCCAUGUCCGAAGAACGCACCAUUCUCAUCAAGGUCUAUUUCGAAAUUCCUCGCUUCACAAUCAUCUACAAAAACAAGGAGGAUCUCUUCAACGCCUUCCAGAAGAAGCUGAAGGAAUUCAAUCUCGACAUAGAUGACGUCACAUGGGCAGAUUGGGAGGGUGACCGUUCUUUGGUAAACACUCCUAAUGAUGUACUUGCAGCAGCCGAGGCCUACACCGAAAGCUGUGUAAAACUAUUCCAUCGUACUAGUCACUACCAUAAAACAGCUGUGUGCUCCAGCAGUGAUGAACAAAAGAAGAAACAGGCCAAGACGAAGAAGCUCUGUGCAGAAACGGAAGGGAAUGAAGUCGAGGAACGCACUGCCGCUUUCAAGAUCUUCUUCGAAGUGCCUCGGUUCACACUUACCUUCAGAAACAAGAAGGAUCUCUUUGAAGCUUUUCAAAAGAAGCUGAAAAAGCUCAAUCUCGACGUUGACGACGUUUCUUGGGCUGAUUGGAAUGGUGAUCGAUCUUUGAUUGAAACUCCAGACGACCUUUUCGGAGCAGUCGAACUCUACAGCGGCGUCGGCCUGAAAAUAUUCUAUCCUACCAUUCCUCCCGAUCUAAAAGCUGUGUGCUCCAGCAGUGAUGAAGAAGAGACAAAACGAGAAGUGAAAGCUCAAAAUAAAUGCAAAGCAAGGAAAGCCUCACAUUUGCGAUAA